CGAUCAUUUAAAUCAGUAGGGCUUCGGCUGCCGGCUGGUCUUUGUCGGUAGUCAGACCACGAACGGGAAUAACAACUUUAGAUAUUUGCAAGCACGUUUGUUUAUAAAUCGCGUGUCGUGUGUGCAUGUCAGUGGGCUACCGCUUAAUUUAAAAACAAUUGUUUACCAACUCAGUGCCAGGCACCCCUGGUUCACCAGUGCCGUUAAUUCGCGUGCUUCAAAGAGGGUUUGUCGUUCUCGUUCGAGUUCUGCUCGGCAAACGUCAGUUUUACUGGUUAGCUGACUACGGUCGAUAAACGAGAGCUGAAGGAUUCGCGACUCAGACUCCACAGCACCCUCGUAUUUUUAAAUAUUCAUUUUUUCUUUAAAUAACUUCUUUUUAUUUUACGAUUAUUUAUUAUUAUUAUUCAAUUUAAAAAACUUUACCAUGAGGCGAAAUGUUAAAAUUGUGCUACUGCUCUCCUGUGCGUGGAUGUUUGUUUUUGUUUAUUAUUAUCACACUUCCAGAGAUAAUAAGAACGAAAACCGCGCACUGAGACUGAAAGACUCGGGAUUGGGAUUAUCCAGCAGUGGAGGAGGUAGUUCCGGUUCGUACGUAGAAGCUGAUGGGACCGCGAUGGUCAUGUCAUCGGAGAUACUGCCUCCCCCUACGCCAGAUCCUCGAGUAACUUGGAAUUACUUCGACGAACAGGGAUACGUAUCGAGGGGGGGUCUCAGAGCCGGUGAAGAUCCUUACGCACGUAAUAAAUUUAAUCAAGAAGCUUCCGACGGUCUUCCUAGCAAUCGUGAUAUUCCGGAUACACGCAGCGCAAUGUGCCGCUUGAAACAAUGGCGACGAGACCUUCCACCAACUUCCGUGAUUAUAACCUUCCACAACGAAGCAAGAUCAACAUUGCUGCGAACAGUCGUCAGUGUAUUAAACCGAAGUCCUGAGCACCUAAUCAAAGAAAUAAUCCUCGUAGAUGAUUUCAGUGACCACCCGGAAGACGGCGAAGAACUAUCGAAGAUCCAUAAAGUGAGAGUUAUUCGAAAUGAGAAACGUGAAGGUUUGAUGAGAUCGCGAGUACGUGGCGCUGACGCUGCGACGGCAAGUGUUCUGACGUUCCUGGACUCUCAUUGCGAGUGUAACGCCGAUUGGUUGGAACCUUUGCUUGAAAGAGUCGCUGAAGAUCCUUCUCGUGUAGUCUGUCCGGUAAUCGACGUUAUCAGUAUGGAUACGUUUCAAUACAUAGGUGCAUCGGCUGAUUUGAGGGGUGGAUUCGAUUGGAGCCUGGUAUUUAAAUGGGAAUAUUUGAGUCAAGCUGAAAGGCAGUCGAGGCAAAAAGAUCCUACUCAGGCUAUCAGGACUCCAAUGAUCGCAGGGGGCUUGUUCGUUAUCGAUAAAGCUUACUUCGAGCAGCUGGGAAAAUAUGACACGCAAAUGGACGUUUGGGGUGGCGAAAAUUUAGAAAUAUCCUUCCGCGUAUGGCAGUGCGGUGGAAGUUUGGAGAUAAUACCUUGCUCGCGAGUUGGCCACGUAUUUCGCAAACGUCACCCGUACUCGUUUCCCGGCGGAAGUGGAAACGUGUUUGCCAGAAAUACCCGACGUGCCGCUGAAGUCUGGAUGGAUGACUAUAAGCACUUCUAUUACAACGCGGUCCCACUUGCACGGAACAUACCCUACGGAAAUAUUGCAGAUAGGCUUGAUUUGAAAAGAAGAUUGCACUGCAAGCCCUUCAGCUGGUACCUGAAGAACGUCUAUCCGGAAUUAGUGAUUCCGACAAGUGAAGGCGGACCCGGCGGGUCCUUGAAACAAGGACACUCUUGUCUUGACAGCAUGGGACAUUUAUUAGAUGGUAACGUUGGUCUCUAUCCCUGCCAUGAUACUGGUGGCAAUCAGGAAUGGAGCUUAACAAAAGAUGGUUUAAUAAAACACCACGAACUGUGUCUGACUCUUCCAAUGUACGCAAAAGGCACGACCCUGUUGAUGCAGGUGUGCGACGGAAGCGAAAACCAGAAAUGGAGGUACCUCGAGGGCGGGCUGAUAAGACACUCGAGGAUCCCCGUCUGCAUGGACUCUAAGUUCCACGCACAACGCGGUAUCACUGCCGAAAAGUGCGACUCCAGUGUCGAGUCCCAGCGGUGGCAUCUUUACAACCACGGUCAUUAGUUUUUUAUUUUUUUACUCGAUAAUUAUAAGUACCACUAACUUAUUCAAACAUUCAAUGAUUGAUAUUUAUAAGAUAAGAUAUAUUAUGGUAAUAUUAUUUGUU